AUGGCUCAGUUCCUAUUCUCAUUAGAUAUAAUCUCCCAGGUCGUAAAUAUCGUCAAUUUACGAGAAAAAAUUAGAGGAAAAUUGAACCAACUGAGAAGACAACUAUCUUUGCAAACAACUCCAGCUGCCUUGGAACAAUUUACGGACUUGGUUUUAACUACAAUCCAAGAUAUUUGUCAAGAUCUUCUUCCAAGGAAAACAAAUAAAAAAAACUUUCAGCUCUCCAUUGGUGGAACGGUAGUCGCACUAUCUAGUCAUGCCAUAGCUACCACUAUUUCUAAAAUAGUGCAACGAUCAAAAGAAAAUGUUAUUUGCCGAGAGAAAAUUCUUUCAUUGUCAGUUCCUCCAGAUAUCAUCAUGAAUGAGAGCAGUACAGACAUCACAGCGCGAGAAGGAACAAAUGUCACCCUUCUUUGCAAAGCAAAAGGAUAUCCAAGUCCUAACAUAUCCUGGAGGAGGGAAGACAACCAGCCUAUUCCUCUUGGCACAUGGCAUGGCAAGAAAUUACUUGCGACAAAUUUCGACGGGGAUCAAUUGAACAUCAGCCGUGUCAGCAGGCUUCACAUGGGUGCUUACCUCUGCAUAGCAUCUAAUGGCGUGCCUCCGUCUGUCAGCAGAAGGAUACUUUUACACGUGAAUUUUCCGCCAGUCAUGUGGAUACCGAACCAAUUAGUCGGCGCACCGCUGGCUAAAGAUGUCACGCUUGAUUGCCACACAGAAGCAUACCCAGCGUCCAUAAAUUACUGGGCAAAAGACGGUGGGGACAUGAUUAUAAACGACGCCAAGUACGAGACAUCCAUCAAAGAGAAGAAUUACAAGAUACAUAUGAGAUUGGCGAUCAAGAACUUGGAGGAACAUGACUUCGGAACUUAUAAAUGCUUUGCCGAGAACUCUCUCGGAUCGACUGAAGGAUCCAUUCGUCUUUAUGAAAUUCCCCCUCCCACGAGCGAACCUACGAAAGACACAGCUGCUAUUCGAAGGCAAAGUGUAGAAGAAUAUGUUGUGUUUCCAAGACAUCAGAGUCUGGGAUCUGUUAAGAACUCUGACAAAGAAACCGAAUCUGUAGAGGAAGAGCAAAGCAAAAUUCCAGUAACAGGUACUGAUGCCAACCCUCUUUCACCCACUACCGAAGCAAGGAAUGAAAAAAGAAGAGAUUGACAGCCCACCAGCAGUUGGCGCAUAUAUAUUCCACGAGGGACCUGCAAAGUAUUGAGUCGAUGAAGAUUGUUGACGAAGGAAUGCAAAAUGCUGAAUUCCUCUGUUUCGAUUCAGUGAAGCUAUUCUACCUUUUUUGGAGAUUUUGGUUCUAAGGUUUAGCUCGUCGAAUGUUGCUUUUAUUUCCUUUGAAAAUAUAUAUUUUCUCCUUUCGGAAAAAAGUCAUUAUUCUACUCAGUAUUUUAGCUUCUAAUACUUUUAUGUUAAUUUUGUUCAUAUACUUUUAUUAAAGUUACCUUUCAAAAUUUAUGAGUUAAA